CCCUCUUUCCUGUCUGGCUUCUCUUUUCUGUCCUCUUUCCUGUCUGUCUUCCUCUUUUCUGUCUGGCCCGCGGCCCCGCUGCCUGCCCUGCUCCAAGCUCUACCUGCGCCGCCGAUCGCCCGGGUAUCGCGGGGGCCCAGGCCAGCUGAGUCCGUUUUCUGCGCCGGGGUGGCGCCCCUCCAACCGUCCUAACGCCGGUCCGGCAGCAAGGAGUGUUCCUGGGACCUCAGAGACCAGGCUCAGAGCCUGACAUCCCUGCGAGGGGACAGCCUCAUCCGCCCAGGCCGGUGGGGGUUUCUACAAGUGCCCAGGCUCAGGUGCAGCCCCCAGCAAUGCAUCGCCGGAGACUGGCCCUGGGUCUGGGGUUCUGCCUGUUGGCGGGCACAAGCCUCAGUGUCCUAUGGGUGUAUCUUGAGAACUGGCUGCCAGUCUCCUAUGUCCCCUAUUAUCUCCCCUGCCCAGAGAUCUUUUUGACCUUGAAACUGACCAUGGAGGCUGCCUGCCAAGACUUGCCCAGGAUCCCUCACCUUACUGAGCACUUGCUCCAUGCUGGACAUGGUCAAGAGCCCCUCACGCACCUUGUCAACAUGAAGCUGCACUACAAGAGGGAGAAGCCACUCCAGCCCGUGGUAUGGUCACAGUACCCCCAGCCCAAGCUGCUGGAGCACAGGGGAGGGUCUCAGUGCCCACGGCCCCCCUGCUGCCAGGCCCACACAGCUGCUGACACUCACACCCUGGUUGGCGCCCAUCGUCUCCGAGGGAACCUUCAACCCAGAGCUUCUGCAGCACAUCUACCAGCCACUGAACCUGACCACUGGGGUCACGGUGUUUGCCGUGGGGAAUCCUUCCUGGAGUCAGCCGAGGAGUUCUUCAUGCGUGGGUACCGGGUGCACUACUACAUCUUCACUGACAACCCUGCAGCCGUUCCCGGGGUCCCGCUGGGUCCCCACCGGCUCCUCAGCUCCAUCCCCAUCCAGGGUCACUCCCACUGGGAGGAGACAUCCAUGCGCCGGAUGGAGACCGUCAGCCAGCACAUUGCUAAGAGGGCUCACCAGGAGGUGGACUACCUCUUCUGCCUUGAUGUGGACAUGGUGUUUCGGAACCCGUGGGGCCCUGAGACCUUGGGAGACCUGGUGGCUGCCAUUCACCCAAGCUACUACGCCGUUCCCCGCCAGCAGUUCCCCUAUGAGCGCAGGCGUGUUUCCACUGCCUUUGUGGCAGACAGCGAAGGGGACUUCUAUUAUGGUGGGGCAGUCUUCGGGGGGCAGGUGGCCAGGGUAUAUGAGUUUACUAGGGGCUGCCACAUGACCAUCCUGGCGGACAAGGCCAAUGGCAUCAUGGCAGCCUGGCGGGAGGAAAGCCACCUGAACCGUCGCUUCAUCUCAAACAAGCCGUCCAAGGUGCUGUCCCCCGAGUACCUCUGGGACGACAGGAAGCCCCAGCCACCCAGCCUGAAGCUGAUCCGCUUUUCUACACUGGACAAGGAUAUCAGCUGCCUGAGGAGCUGACCACAGAGCUGGGGGUUGCCAUGGAUAGGGACCCAAAGACCUGCAGCCACCAGUGCUUCACGAGCGUGCAGACCAGCCCUGUCCCGCCUCCCUGUCAGUCAGGCGAAUUCAACCGGAAAAGGGACGUGGAAAGGCCACUGUGAACUGCAGAGGGCUGUGCACACAGUAGCACACAAGAUCUCACAGUAAUGCGGCAUAGGAACGAUGAGACGGGGAGGGGAGGUGCAGUUACAAAGGCAGGGCCCGGCAGGCUUGCCACGUUCUGCAGCCGUGCUUUGAGGGGCAGGCUCUGAAGCCUCAGCCCGACUCAGAGUGCCUGAACCCUGCCGUGCCAGUCCCCCGUUUAUUGCAUAUUGCCCUUAACGUAGCAUUUCUAAUACCCUGGUGUGAAGGCGCCCUAGACCCCUUUUCUCUGGUCACAGGGGUCCUGGGUCCCUUGAUGUCUCCAAACCACAUGUAGCCAGUUCCUCACUCAGGCCCCCAGAGUGAGCCUUUGAAAUGGAGCAGGUCUAGGCUCCCUCAGUUUCCUGCACCCCAAAGUGAGCCGCACUCUCAGGGGACUAGCCACCUCCUUCUUAAGAGGGUUUGGGGCAGUUUAUAAUAAAGGGGGCGUGUGCUCGACCCUA